UGACAGAAAGGCAUAAAAUUUGCAUUUAAUUAAAGAACCUUAUUUAUUACUCCGUCUUUCGAGCAUCCUGCACACAGUUGAUCAUUUCCAGCGUAGAGACUUGAAUUUUCAGUUUGGCAUUGAAUCUUGAUAACGGACAACUUUGACAGAAGAUGAUGUCCAAAUCAGUGGGUUUAGCAUUGCUUGUCCUAGCCGGCGUUAUAAGUUCCGUCACAGCAUGCUCGUGCAUUCCUCAAAGUGAAAAGGACUUGUUCUGCAAGGCUGAUUUUGCUAUAGCAUUUAAGGCCAAGGACAAUGGUAGAGUUGAUUGUGAUACCAGGGUUUAUCAGGUGGAGUUGCUCAGAAUGUACAGAACUGUGCCAUUCAAAAACUUAGACACAGAUAAGAUCUAUACCGCAAAUGACAGCGCCGCGUGUGGAGUUACCUUUACCGCAGGAGAGUUCUAUGUUAUUUCAGGAUAUUACAACGAAACAGCUGGCCAGCCAACACGAAUGCAAGCCCACCUCUGUGCGCUAAACCUACAAAUGCCUUAUGAUCCAAGGCUUAUAUACAUCCCUCCUAAUUGUGACGCACCAGUGCCAGAGAAUGGAUACGGGUACCUUUUGCAAUAAAUGGGCAGCGUUGAUGAUGAAAGAGGAUCGGACAACUUUUUAAAGUACACCAAUUUGCAUUUGAUGAUCAUGACUUUUCAGAAGAUGAUAAAGCAAAUACAGUUUACUUUCUUUAUUUAAGAAAACUUACCUGCAUUCACAAAGAAACCUGUAUCAAUUAUGUAAAUCAUUAAACAAACGCAUAGAAAAAUCUUCAAAUUGUAUCAGUAUGGUUGUAUGAAAACUAUGCUGUAUAUAUUGCAAAUCGAGCGAUAUACAUUUAACAACCCAAACUGGAAAACUAUGCAAAAUACACCCAAGUUAUUUUAUAACUCUACUAAAACGCAAGCUCUUACAAUGUGUUCAUUAUCAUCUGGAUUUUGAUUUUCAUGUUUGGCUUAUUUUUGAUUAAACUAUUGAUAACACAUACAACUCACUUCUUGUCAAUAUGAUGAUAAGGCAAAAAUAAUAAACAAAAGUUACCGCCGUUUUUUCGAAUUAACUGCUAUCCAAGGGGUUCAAAGAAAGGGAUUCGGCUAAAGAACUUAAUCUGUUUGAAUUAUUAAAUAUUGGAAAGCAUUAAAGUGUCAAACAGUA